GUGUUUUUGCUACUGUAGCUGUGCCUUUUUCCUUUAUUACCCCCAACCAUCCUCGUUCUAGUAAUUUCAGUCUUUCUCCUCCUCUCCACAACCGCCAUUCGCUUUACUUUCUCACUCGUGCCUUUUGUUGCGCUUCUAUACCUUUUUGUAAUCAAAAACAAUCUUCCCUACUUUCGUUGAACCUCUUUUCAAAAUGCAGACCUCCAUCUUCACCCUAAUUGCUCUCGCUGCCGGCGCUCUCGCCCAGGCCGACAAGCCCGCCAUUCUCAACACGGACUUCGCCGUUAAGGAGGGUGAGGACUUUACUCUCAAGCUCAAGGGCUGUGAUGACGGCUGCACCAUCAGCGUCCAGUCUGGCCCCGAUGAGAAGUCCAAGAAGGACGUCAAGGUCCUUACUUCCAACUACGCUGGCAGCGCCUACGAUGUCACCCUCACCGGCCUCCCCUCCGGCUCCUACAACUUCCAUGUCAUCAACAACAAGAGCAAGCUUGACAACUACAGCAUCGUCUGGAAGUACACUGGAACUGGCACCAGCAGCUCCGCUGAGUCUAGCUCUGCUGCCUCCACUAGCUCUGCCCCCUCCAGCACGAGCUCCAGCUCUGCGUCCACCACCAAGAGCGAGUCUUCCUCCAUGACUAGCGCCUCCUCCACUUCUAAGAGCAGCGCCUCCAAGACCUCUGCCACCACCUCGCCUACCAACACAACCCCUGGUAGCGGUGCUGCCGGCUCCGCCAGCCUCUCUCCCUUCGCUCUCAUUGCCGGAGCUGCUGCUGCCAUGGUUUUCCUUAACUAAACGGCAUCUUCUGAAGCUUUGAGAUCUUCCCCAACCAACCUUUCAGUAACAACGAACCAUGACUACAGCUAGUGCAAGGCGUUCUGCGACUGGAUUUUCUCCUUCUUUCCACAUUAUUGGGGUCAGGCACCCUGAGCUAUUAGCGCGCUGUAUUCGCCCCAGGAUACGCUCGACCGAUGGGUCAGGUUUGUACACCUCUUCACUCCUUUUGAUCUCUAUCCUUGAGUUCUUUGCUUUAUUCACCAAUUGCCGAAGGUGGCGUCUGGAUCAGUCCUCAGAGUUGCCCAUGGUAUCUGUAGUAAUACGUGAGAUGCGCAUAUUAAAUAUAUUCUCCUUUACAUG